AUGUCUCUCUCGGCAGAAGAGACCGCCAGGAACUCGAUCGAGAUAUCCGGCCCCUGGGAGGACAAGGGCCUCUACGACAUCGACCUCGUCGCCGCCCCCUCGCACGCAUCAUCCAAGGCCAACGUCCUCCCCCAGGACGAGGACGGCAACGCGUACCCCUCGGGCCUCCGCCUCUGGCUCAUCAUCCUCUCGCUGUGCCUGGCCGUGUUCCUCGUGGCCCUCGACCAGACCAUCAUCGCGCCCGCCUUGGCCAAGAUCACGGGCGAGUACGGCAGCGUGCGGGACAUCGGCUGGUACGGCAGCGCGUACCUGCUGACGUCGACGGCGCUGCAACCCUUGUACGGGCGCGUGUACCGCACCUUCGACAUCAAGUUCGUGUACCUCGGCGCCGUGGCGAUCUUCGAGAUCGGCAGCCUCGUGUCGGCCGCGGCGCCCGCCUCGUCCGUCUUCAUCGUCGGCCGCGCCGUCGCGGGCAUGGGCGGCGCGGGCCUCUUCUCCGGCUCCCUCGUCAUCCUCUCCUACACCUUGCCCCUGCGAAGGCGACCGUUGAUGUUCGGCAUGUUCGGCUGCAUGUGGGGGGUCGCGUCCGUCGCGGGGCCGUUGCUGGGAGGCGCCUUCACAGACCACCUUACUUGGCGCUGGUGUUUCUAUAUCAACCUGCCCAUCGGCGGCGUCGCCAUGGUCGCCAUCUUUUUCUUUCUAAAUAUUACGAGGGUCGACAGGAACCCCAACAAGCUCUCGGCCCUCGAGCGCAUCCUCCAGCUCGACCUGGCCGGCGCCGCGGUCCUGGUACCCGCCGUCGUCAUGUUGCUCCUUGCGCUGCAGUGGGGCGGCGCGCAGUUCCCGUGGAGCGAUAAACGAAUCGUUGGCCUCUUUUCCGGCUCCGGCGCGAUGCUCCUGAUUUUCGUAGGCAUCGAGCACCGUCAGCAGGAUAAGGGGUUGCUACCACCGAGAUUCUUCAGGGAUCGCAACGUUCUGUGCGCUAUGCUGUUCGCUUUCUUCUUCGGCGCGACUUUCUUUCCCCUUAUUUACUACCUGUCCCUUUACUUCCAAGUAAUCCAAGACGCCAGCGCCAUAGACGCCGGCAUGAAGCUUCUACCCCUCCUCAUCUCCGUCGUCGUGAGCUCCAUCGUCUCGGGGGCCCUGAUCACCGCGACCGGGUACUACAACCCGUUCAUCCUGACCGAAAUCGCCAUGGUCGCCGUCGGCGCCGGGUUAAUCACAACCCUGGAUCUCUCCACGCCCUUCGCGCGCGUCUUCGGCUUCCUCGUCCUCGACGGCCUCGGCACGGGCGUCGGCUUCCAAGCCGGCGUCGUGGUCGUGCAGAACGUCGUCUCGCGGGAGCUCGUGCCGCAGGCCACCUCGUGCGUGCAGUUCUUCCAGUCCCUCGGCGGCGCCCUGUCCAUCGCCGUGGCGCAGACCGUUUUCCAGAACGGCCUCAUCCGGGGCCUCGCCAGCGCCCAGCCGCCCCUCGACCCGGCCCCCUUUAUCCACAGCGGCGCCAGCCAGAUCCGGGAGGUGCUCGCCGCCACGCACCCCGGGGAGCCCGCCGCGCUCGAGGCCGCGCUCGCCGCGUACAUGGGAGGCCUGCGGCACACGUACUAUAUCGCUGCUGCCGCCGCCGCCCUUGCCUUCCUCGCCGCUCUGGGCCUGCAGUGGAAGAAGAUCGAGAAGGUGUCCGGCGGCCCCGAUCCGUUUCAAAGGGCCUGCUACGAGACGAUGCGCGCCUGCACCCCCGCGCCCGAAUUCGACACCAUGUGCGAGGGCGCCGGGGAGCUCCAGGCGGCGAGGAAAUUGCAGAAGAAGCCUAGGUCAGGUUAGGUAGGUAGGUUAGCAGUUCUGACCCGAUGAGAUCUUUAAUCAUUCAUACUGAUUACCUGGAGUCGGACAUAUGGCAUAUUAACGUGGGGUAGUAUACUAUGAUGGAUGAGGUCUGACACCAUCCAGGGAAAACUACUCGCACCUACAUAUUUACCUGCUACCUACAUAGUACCUACCUAGGUAGUUAAUACUGGGUGAUUCAUAGCCAUCACUGGG